GUGACGUCUGGUCACGGGGCGUAAGGACGGAGAGCUCGCGCUCGCCGACUCGUCGAUAUUACACGGUUGCUGACUGAACGCUGUGGUAAUCUUUCUUUAGCUCGGGUGCUUCCCGCUCGCUCUCAUUCUGUGAAGCGUAAGCCGACUACACCUCCUUCCCUUCGUCUCUAGCUGCGUCGUUGCCACUCCGCCGCCAUGUUCGAAGCGCGCCUGGUCCAGGGCUCCAUCCUGAAAAAGGUGCUGGAGGCGCUUAAAGAUCUCAUCAAUGAGGCCUGCUGGGACAUCAGCUCGAGCGGCGUCAAUCUGCAGAGCAUGGACUCGUCCCACGUGUCUCUGGUGCAGCUCACCCUGCGCUCCGAGGGAUUCGACACGUACCGCUGCGAUCGCAACCUGGCCAUGGGUGUGAACCUCACCAGCAUGUCCAAAAUACUAAAAUGUGCUGGCAAUGAAGACAUCAUUACCCUAAGGGCUGAAGAUAAUGCGGACACAUUGGCACUAGUAUUUGAAGCCCCAAAUCAAGAAAAGGUUUCAGACUAUGAAAUGAAGUUAAUGGAUUUAGAUGUUGAACAACUUGGAAUUCCAGAACAAGAGUAUAGCUGUGUAGUAAAGAUGCCUUCUGGUGAAUUUGCACGUAUAUGCCGAGAUCUCAGUCAUAUUGGAGAUGCUGUUGUAAUUUCCUGUGCAAAAGAUGGAGUGAAAUUUUCUGCAAGUGGGGAACUUGGAAAUGGAAAUAUCAAGUUGUCGCAAACAAGUAAUGUCGAUAAAGAAGAGGAAGCUGUCAACAUAGAGAUGAAUGAGCCAGUUCAGCUAACUUUUGCACUGAGGUAUCUGAACUUCUUUACAAAAGCUACUCCACUCUCUCCUACAGUAACGCUCAGUAUGUCUGCAGAUGUGCCCCUUGUUGUAGAGUAUAAAAUUGCUGAUAUGGGACAUUUAAAGUACUACCUGGCUCCCAAGAUUGAGGAUGAAGAAGGAUCUUAGGCGUUUCCAAAGUCCCAAGAAAAUAAAACUUAAGCUCUUCAGGAACUGCUUCUGAGAUUCCAACAUGCCCUUAAAAGUCUCUUCUGUUACCAAAUUUGUACCUGAGUACAUAUGUAGAUAAUGUUCUGUGUAAAUAACCUAUUUUUCUUCAUUCUCUACAAUUUAAAAUGUAGUCUCAAGUCAGAUCUGAUCUUAACAACCUAGAACUACUGCUGUAUCUAGAAAUAUUCUUUAGGAUUUUUAUAAGAAAGGGUUUUAACUAUUAGUGCAGUUUUAAGAAUUGUAUUUUCAAUUUAAAUAAAAGUUAUUUGAAUUUCAAA